GAGCCAGAGCCAGAGCCAGAGCCAGAGCCAGAGCCAGACCCAGAGCCAGAGCUCGUCUGGAAUUCUCGUGAUGGUUUGCUUGGCAUAGUGGUGCGAGAAAGGGGAUACAGUCCCUUAGUGGUACCUACCCAGGUAACUUAGGUAGAGGGAGGGGAUGGAUGGUUGCAUCCCCAAUUUUCCAUGUUUUCUUUCUUGUCUCUACACGAACAUACUUUUUCGCCGUCUCCCACUCUUCUCCGUUCUGUUGUUGACGUCGCCGUCGCCGUCGCGCGCAUCUGUACAGUUGCGGUACCUGCAGUAAUACCACCCGUCACCUAUAAUACCUAUCGCAUGCACUCCAGCUUUGCCUCGCUCUUUUGAAACAUCCACUCAAUCAACGCUCCUUCGCUGCACUCGUCGCGCGCUCGCUCGCUCACUCACUCACUACUCAUACAUUCGCAACUCCUACCAUCCCAGCCCAGCCCAAUCCAACAACACACCACCACCACACUCCUUGUCUCCAUUAAUCUCUUAAUUAAGACGUCGUCACUGCGACCUCAAGGCCAUCGCCACACUGCACUGCACUACACAACACUACACUACCCGUGUCGCCACUCAUUCCACUUCUUCGACCUCGGUGAGGACCUUAAUACGAUCCUCCUUUCGACACAGCCUCCUAGAUUGACCUUCUAGGCCUUCGAACCUUUGCGCAUUCAUACCACGCUCAUCAUAUGCCGCCAGCUCAGCGCCGAACAUAUCCCAGGGACCGCCCGCAAUACAUCCUCUCAACAGCGAACUUCUGACGACGCUUUAAGUCCACGAAAUAACACUAUCCAUACCCCAUUGACCCUCUCCAGAGCAAUAAUCACAAACAAGACGAGAGACCGUAGGCGGUCAACCAUCACACGAUGGCGAACAGACCCAACUUCAUCGACCUCCGAUCGCAAUCACAUGGACCACUUGGAAGUGGCCUCCCAUCUCCGAGGACACUUGGGGGACUUCCAUCGCCGAGGUUACAUGUAGCAGGAGAGGUACCACCCGAACUGUCACCUCUCGAUGCAUUCGCAGCACAAAGUCGAUUGCUGGCAAGGCAGCUGGAGCAGGAAAGCGUUGGAGGGAGGAGGGUGAGCCGGCUACCACCUCUCACAAUUGCGAAUUCGUUGAGUCAAGGACGACCUGGAUAUCUCCGUUCUGUGUCCGCAGAGGAAGCCACCCCAAUCACACCUACGAGUCCUGGUUCUGGAAUCACUGGAUCAGGCUUGAAAAUGGAGGUAGAGAACCCCGGAUUUCGACCCAUGUCUGUCCACCCUACAUUAGGAGGACAUAUCCAAGAUCUUGUUGCACCUCCCAUGCCCGACUCGCCUCGACGGCUGAGCGCACUUGAUGAGGAGGAAUUCAGAGGAAGGAGACCGCCGAGUACUGUAGAUGGAGAGGGCGAAUUUGGAGCAAGGAGAGAACAGUCGCCGCCUCAAUUGGAGAAAGAACCCAUAUUGAGGAGAGGAUCGCCUUCGCAUAUGAGACCUCGGCCAAGUGCUGAGUCUAUGCGCCAACGAGUAAACCAAAACAGGAGACCACAGGAUGGAUCACUAGGAAUAAGCGGUUACGAUUCGAGGGCUUUGGCACCACCGAGAUCGCCUUUUCCACAGAGGACGCCGAGCCCAAGAUCAAUGUCGGAUAGCUCAGAUGAAGACUACAACAAUGUGAAUGCUGCAACAGGUAUGUCACCAAGCCGAAAGGCUUCGAAUGGCAGCGGGUUCUCAGCUUCUCCAAUAUCGCCUAAUACACAUACGACAAGGUCACCGUCGAUUAGUUCUGAAAUGUCUAUCGGCGGAACAAGAUUGCCCAGACCUGCGUUCAACUUCUCUCGACCACUUCGUCGAGCAAGUAUGAAUGGCUUGCCAGUUGAAAUUCCUUCACGACAGGCGUCUUCGGACAGCCAACCAUCCUUCAUUCUUGCGGAUGACACGGCACAUACACCAGUUAGUAUGCAUAGCGAAGGCUUCCCAGAUAACAACGAUAACUCACCGGCACCUUCGUAUGUAUAUUCAAAAUUCUCUCUGCCGAGAGGGAAAAUGCUGCAGAGGAAUUCGUUGAUUUUCCAGGAGAAUCUACCACAAACACAGAUUUCUUGGGAGCAGCCAGUUCCGUUCAGUAAUGUACAGGCUCAUGGCCAAGCGCCACCAUCACCACCCUCCAGACCUUCUACCUCCUCUCUUAGGCCUGACAACCUAAAUUCUCGUCCAUCACUUGACCCAGGUAGACCUACUUAUGACCGAAGCCAAACGUUUGAUUUUGCCAGGCCAUCUACAGAGGCAGGCCACAAGCCAUCUGGCAAUGGACGACUAUCUGCGGAUCACCCUCCAACACUACGACCUCGUCCACAAUCUUCGUCUGAUACUUCGACACUCAAGGCUCGAUCGCAGCAUUCGUUAGCAACGACAGCGGACUGCUCCGCGGAGGAGCAUGUCACGAAAGCAAUUGAUUAUCACGAAGCUGGAGCUUUGAAUAAGUCAACGUACCAUCUUCGUCUGGCAGCCAAGCAAAAUCAUCCUACAGGUAUGCUGUUGUAUGCUCUUGCAUGCAGACAUGGAUGGGGUAUGCGUCCCAACCAGCGAGAAGGAGUUGCCUGGCUUCGACGAGCAGCAGAUUUCGCCAGCUUGGAAGUAGCAGACGAUGACAAAAUUCUGAAGGAGGGUAAAUCAGUUGAUAUCCUAGAGCAGCGGACUAGAAAGGCCCAAUUUGCGCUGAGCAUCUACGAACUAGGAGUGAGCCAUAUGAACGGAUGGGGAAUCGACCAGGACAAGGUUCUUGCGCUAAGAUGCUUUGAGAUUGCCGGUUCUUGGGGUGAUGCAGAUGCUCUUGCGGAAGCAGGAUUUUGUUAUGCUCAGGGUCUCGGCUGUAAGAAGGAUCUGAAGAAGAGCGCACAAUUUUAUCGUCAAGCUGAGGCAAAGGGUAUCAGUAUGAUUGGCAAUAGCUGGAUCUAUAAACCCAAGUACAGCAGCGACGGCGAUGACAAGAAGAAAAACUCUUCUGAACGACAAGGCCGCUCACCAAACCCAUCAAAGGAUGAGAAGAAAGCGCGCGACAAAUCACGCACACGCACUUUCUUCGGCAGAAAAACAACUUCCUGAUCCAACCCGAAUGAAAUUUCUCAGCUACCUGCUCAUCUACUAAUUUCCAUGAACUUUCGAAUCUCCAAAAGCUUCCCUUUUUCGUCUGUCCAUACUUUACCGGCGUACACAAGGCGUUACAUAUCCAUCUCAUCAAAACGUACAUCCACCCGACUGACAAUACAACCUUCAUGUAAUGAUUGCUAGCUGCUAUAUUUUUUUUGUUGCAUUUUCGACGGUGCCUAUGGGUUGGGAUAGGCAGGCGGGCAUAAUUGCGGGGGGGCGCGCAGGAAACCACUUGCAUUUCCGGCUCAGCUCUUGCGCGAUCUUUGCUAAUUUCUUGUUUGCUUUGUUGUUCCGGCCCGAGAUGGAGGCGCAGAGUUGAGUCGGGUUCAUGUUGAUAUUGACGUUGAUUUUGCCGAGGCGAAGCGGAGGAUGGUUCUACUCUUUUUGAUGCAUGCGAGGAGGCACUUUGUUACUUGCGUAGUUCUUAAAUACCCAGCGCAAGCCGUUGAUAGUCGGAAUGCGAGUUGUACUUGAAACGAUAUUUAACCUCUCCUCUGCUUGCGUUGAAUUAGCAUGAGGUGAUAAACGAUUUGGUGAUCUGAUUGUUGAAAGGGCCGCUGGCAGGCAAUGGAGCUGAAGGCCGCCAUAUCAACAAUCGGCAAGUGAGUCAGGACUGAGACGAGCAGUUCACUUCGACCACUUCCAUGAUAAAUGACGAAGCUAAGACAGCCUUUUCAUUGACAUAACGUAGGAUAGCCAUCGCCCCUGUUGCUACGGUCUUGGGCUGGCUUCGUUAUGUCUGUUGUAUGUAAACUCAUUUACUCUAGCUUUUCAUACUAGUAAUUUCAUACUAGUAAUCAAGUCAAGAAAAUCACCUCAUCUCAUUGAGCCGAUUAUAGAGAACUUUUACUUGCCACCACGUACUUGGCACCACGAACGGGCUUGAAGCACGCUCACUUAGCAAUGAAACAUCCGAGAGACGUCAAAGACAGAGGAAGAGUCCAGAACAUGGGA